CCACCCUCUCUGCGUCCAACCCAACCGCUGCGAGUGCCGCCGGAUCCUCACCUCCCCUCUUCUUUUGUAAUAACAAUAAUACGCCCUUUGAUCCAAGAAAGAGAAAAGAAAAGAAAGAAGAACAAGUGAACAAAAAAUGGCCUCCGCCUCCCUUUCCUUCUCCUCUCCCACCAUCCCGCGCCGCUAUCAAACUCGCAUCAACCCGCGCCGCCCGAUCUCUACCCGUAUUGCCGCUUCCGUAUCGGAAAAACCUGUUACAGCAGCUCCCUCCUCCUCCUCGCCGUCUUCCAAGCUCCCGUUACGGAAAAUCCCCGGAGACUACGGGCUUCCCUUCAUCGGCCCACUUCGCGACCGCCUCAACUACUUCUACUUCGAGGGCCGCGACGAGUUCUUCAACUCCCGGAUCCGGCAGCACGGGUCAACGGUGUUCCGAGUCAACAUGCCCCCAGGUCCCCUUGUCGCCCCCGACCCCCGUGUCGUCGCCCUCCUCGACGCCGUCAGCUUCCCCGUCCUCUUCGACACCGGCCUCGUCGAGAAGCGCGACCUCUUUACAGGCACCUUCAUGCCUUCCACCGAACUCACCGGUGGCUACCGCGUGCUCUCCUACCUCGACCCCUCUGAGCCCAACCACGCCCCCCUCAAAAAGCUCCUCUUUUUCCUCCUCUCCUCCCGCCGCCACGCCAUCAUCCCCGAGUUCCGCCGGACUUUUGGGUCCCUCUUUGAUACUCUCGAAGCAGAGCUCGCCAAGAAGGGGAAGGCCGACUUUGGGGAAGCCAACGACCAGGCGGCUUUCGAUUUCCUCGCAAGAUCGCUCCUAGGCAAGGAUCCUGUCGAGACCAAGCUCGGCCUUGACGGCCCCAAAUUGAUCACCAAAUGGGUCCUCUUCCAGCUCGGUCCCCUGUUGACUUUAGGCCUCCCCAACUAUUUAGAGGAUUUCUUCCUCCAUUCCUUCCGCCUCCCGCCAGCGCUGGUCCGGGCCGACUAUAACCGGCUCGCCGAUUUCUUCCGGGAAUUCGCGGGCCCGGCGCUGGAUGAGGCGGAGCGGCUUGGGAUCUCGAGAGCAGAGGCGGUCCACAACAUCCUCUUCGCUACCAGCUUCAACGCCUUCGGCGGGAUGAAGAUCCUGUUCCCGAGCUUGAUCAAGUGGGUGGGGCGUGCCGGAGCGCGGCUCCACGGCCGGCUGGCGGACGAGAUCCGCUCGGCGGUGAGGGCCAACGGCGGCGAGGUGAGCAUGAGGGCGAUGGAGGCGAUGCCGCUGAUGAAGUCGGUGGUGUACGAGACGCUCCGGAUCGAGCCCCCCGUGCCGCUCCAGUAUGGGCGGGCGAAGCGAGACCUGGUGGUGGAGAGUCACGACUCCCGGUUCGAGGUGCGGGCCGGGGAGAUGCUCUUCGGGUACCAGCCCUUCGCGACCAAGGACCCGAGGGUGUUCGACCGGGCGGAGGAGUUCGUGGCGGAGCGGUUCGUCGGGGAGGCGGGGGAGGCGAUGCUCCGCCACGUUCUGUGGUCGAACGGGCCCGAGACGGAGGCGCCGACGACGGAGAACAAGCAGUGCGCGGGCAAGGACUUCGUGGUGCUGGUGGCGCGGAUGCUGGUGGUGGAGCUAUUCCUCCGCUACGACUCCUUCGAGAUCGAGGUGGGCUCGUCGGCGCUGGGCUCGUCGGUGAAGCUGACAUCGUUGAAAAGAGCCAGCUUUUGAGGCGGCGGCGGCACGGAGGGAUUGGUUGGUCAUUUUUGUUUGGUCUUGAGGGCGUUUUCGGGAAGAUUAGUUGACGGGUCAGAGAUAUUGGCGCUUCCACCAUGCACGUGCAAAGGAUGCAAAAAUGUAAGCAGGAUCGCCAUUAACGACUGCAGAAGUAGAUGCGUGUUUAUUGAAUUUUUAACUUAAAAUUAUCAAAUAAUUUAAUCAUGUGUCAUUGUCUCUAUAAUUAAACCUGCAAUCAUAUUGGAUGGCCCCUUUGCAAGCUCUACAUUU